GGCCCUCAUAUAGCUUCGGUUACAUUAGCUGCUUAUGAAUGCAAUUCAGUUAAUUUCCCUGAGCCACCCUAUCCUGACCAGAUUAUUUGCCCAGAUGAAGAGGGCACUGAAGGAGCUAUUUCUUUGUGGAGUAUCAUCUCAAAAGUUAGGAUUGAGGCCUGCAUGUGGGGUAUCGGCACAGCAAUUGGAGAGCUGCCUCCAUACUUCAUGGCCAGGGCAGCUCGCCUGUCAGGUGCUGAGCCAGAUGACGAAGAGUAUCAGGAAUUUGAAGAGAUGCUGGAUAAUGCCGAGGCUGCACAAGACUUUGCCUCACGGGCUAAACUGGCAAUUCAAAACCUAGUACAGAAGGUUGGAUUUUUUGGAAUUUUGGCCUGUGCUUCAAUUCCAAAUCCUCUGUUUGAUCUGGCUGGAAUAACAUGUGGACACUUUCUUGUACCUUUUUGGACCUUCUUCGGUGCAACCCUGAUUGGAAAAGCAAUAAUUAAAAUGCAUAUCCAGAAAAUCUUUGUUAUAAUAACAUUCAGCAAGCACAUAGUGGAACAGAUGGUCGCUUUCAUUGGUGCUGUCCCUGGCAUAGGUCCGUCUCUGCAGAAGCCAUUCCAGGAAUACCUGGAGGCCCAACGGCAGAAGCUUCACCACAAAAGCGAAAUGGGCACACCACAGGGAGAAAACUGGUUGUCCUGGAUGUUUGAGAAGCUGGUUGUUGUGAUGGUGUGUUACUUUAUCCUGUCUAUCAUUAACUCCAUGGCACAAAGUUAUGCCAAACGAAUCCAGCAGCGAUUGAACUCAGAGGAGAAAACUAAAUAAGCAGAGAAAGUUUUUAACUUGCAGGAAUUAGAAUGGAUGGGUUCUGCCUUACAUUGGGAGGACUCUAAACCAGGAAGGAAAAUUCCCUUUUCCAACCUGUAUCAAUUUUAAAAACUUUUUUCCUGAAAGCAGUUUAGUCCAUAUUUUGCACUAACAUACUUUUCCUUUAUGUGUUAAGGUAAGGUAUACACCCUCAAUUCCAUCCACAUCGUAUUUCAUUAGGGUGGAAUGUGGUGUUUAGCCACACACUUAACAGGAACUGGCUUUCUAUUUGUUACUUUUUAAAGGCCCACAUAGUACAAUUGGGGAAUUCCUGCCACACAAAAAGUUCCUAAGUAUGUUAACUAUGUCAAGCUUUUUAAGCUUGUCACAAAUGAUUGCUUUGUUUUUCUAAGUCAUCAAAAUGUAUAGAAAUUAUAUAGUUUGGAUAACAGUCUUGCAUGUCUAUCAUGGUACAAUUUAAUAUGCCAUUCUGCCCAAAUUUUCCUCUCCCACCCUCAAAGAAAGGCCAUUUUAUGAUGCAUUGCACACCCUCGGGGGAAAUUGAUCUUUAAAUUUUGAGACAGUAUAAGGAAAAUCUGUUUGGUGUCUCAUGAAUGAGUACACCAUUUUUUAUUCUGUAUAUUUAGAAUGAAGUCAUGAAAAAACUUUAUAAAGACAUCUUUGAUCAUUCCAAAA